CUCCAUUCCGCCUUCCUCACACACGGGGACCUUUCGCCGUUGAGAGGUCAAUCGUAGGUCGAGAACCCGCUGAGCGCGAACCGGUCCAACUCGAGGAGGAGCAAGAGGAGCAGCGGGAGGCGGCGAAUGGGGACGGAGGCCGCCGCGUCCGCCGUGAGCCUGCUCCGGUCGCAGAUCCCGUUCCAGACCGACGGGGAGCUCGUCCUCCCGCCGCGCGGGGUGGGGCUCGUCCUCGUCGACCUCUGCAACGGUUUCUGCACCGUCGGCGCCGGGAACCUCGCUCCUGUUGCACCAAACAAGCAGAUCGAAAAGAUGGUGGGAGAGGCUGCUAGGCUCUCUAAGCUUUUCUGUGAUAGAAACUGGCCAAUCUUUGCGUUUCUUGAUACCCACUAUCCAGAUAAGCCUGAACCGCCAUAUCCCCCUCACUGUAUCAUUGGUACUGGGGAGGAGAACUUUGUUCCAGAUCUGGAGUGGUUGGAAAAGGAACCAAAUGUGACUAUAAAGAGGAAAAGUUGUAUUGAUGGGUACAUCAGCUGUAUGGAGAAGGAUGGGUCCAGUGUUUUUGCUGAUUGGGUUGCAAAAAAUCAAAUCAAAACUAUCUUGGUGCUCGGAAUAUGCACAGACAUCUGUGUUUUGGAUUUUGCAAGCUCAACUCUGGCUGCUCGAAAUAUUGACCGAGUGCCUCCAUUACAAGAUGUUGUGAUUUAUUCCGAGGGUUGUGCUACAUAUGACCUUCCUGUUGAGGUUGUGGCAAAUGUUAAAGGAGCUCUUGCCCAUCCACAGGAUCUUAUGCAUCAUGUCGGGCUCUACAUGGCCAGAGGAAGGGGUGCAAAGGUAGUUGACAGGGUUGUUGUUGAACCUUGAAUAAAAAACUUGACCUUGUCAUUACUGAUGAUGUUAAUAGUGUUUGCUCUGCCCUCUCAUCCUACCAAUGGAAUAAUCAGAUAUGCAUGCAUGAAGUUGUCGAGAAACAAUGUGAUGCUAGCGAUAAUCACCUUUGAAUCUGUAAAGAUGGGUUCAUUUUGUGGUUAAGCUGUACAUAUUAUUUAAUAGUAUCCCAAAUUGUCCAGCUAAACAUGCGUCAGUUUAACGCGCACUGUAUUUUCUCAUUGGUUACUAAUGUUCAGUUCUGGGAUUGUAUAAUCGUAUUUAAUAAAGUAUAAAA